AUGUCUAAUCGCAUAGUUUCUUAUAUAUUAACUGAUGGGUCUGUUGUUGAUGAUUAUGAGCAGGUAACUCACCAUUUCCUUCAUCAUUUUCAGAGCUUCUUGGGUUGUUCAGGUAGAGCUAAUGGUCACAUUGAUAUGCAAAGUAUCUUUUGUGGCCCGGUUUUAGAUAUGGCGUCCCAACUGGAUCUAAUUAAACCAUUCACUUUUCAUGAUGUUAAAAUGGCCCUCUCUAGCAUUCAUCCAGUUAAAAGUCCAGGUCCUGAUGGGUAUGGGGCUAGUUUUUUCAAGGUUAUGUGGAAAGAAAUAGGCAGGGAUGUUUCACUGGCUGUCCUUGAGUUUUUUGAGACGAGUUUUAUUCCUCAAAGCUUAAAUUACAUUAUUUUGGUGUUGAUUCCGAAGGUGGACCAGCCUUCUAAUGCUGCUGACUUUAGACCAAUAGCUUGUUGUACUACCAUCUAUAAAUGCAUUUCUAAGAUGCUCUGCAGUAGGCUUGCUUCAAUCCUUCCUUCUUUGAUUAACCCUAAUCAAGGUGCGUUUAUAAAGCAUAGAACUCUUGCCUCCAAUGUUCUAAUAUUUCAAUAUUUAAUAAAGGGGUACAAUAGGAAAAAUAGCUCUCCUAGGUGUGCUAUGAAGAUUGACCCUAGCAAAGCUUAUGAUUUGAUUGAUUGGGACUUCUUGGAGAAUUUACUAAAAGCUCUUUGCUUUCCUAGUAGAUUUAUUCGUUGGAUCAUGAUUUGCUUGAGAGGCACCUCCUACUCGUUACUAUUAAAUGGUAGAAUCCAAGGGCAAUUUAAGGGAGGUAAAGGGCUUAGGCAAGGAGAUCCUAUUUCUCCUUUGCUCUUUGUCAUUGUGAUGGAUUACCUUACUCGAAUGUUAAUCAAAGCAUCCAAUGAUAAAGGCCUUUCUAUCAACCAUAGUAAAUCUCGUAAUUACUUUGGUGGGCAGUCCGAUGCUACUAAGGAGUUUGUGUUGAGUUGUACCAAUCUGCAGGAGGGGUCAUUUCCACUGAAGUAUCUUGGUGUCCCUCUUAGCCCUACCAAAUGUAAAGCAUUUGACUUUGAAGUUAUUCUCAAGAAGAUUAGAUUGAAUUUCUUGUGGGGUGUGAAGGGAACCCGCAUCAAAUUUCACAUGGCUUCUUGGGAAUUUGUCUGUCGUCCUAAAGCUUAUGGAGGGCUUGGGUUUAGAGAAAGGCCUGCUUGGAACAAGACUAUGAUUGCAAAGUUUCUCUGGGCCAUUUCCUUUAAACAGGACCAAUUAUGGGUGAAAUGGGUGAAUACCAUAUACUUAAAAGGAGUUCCAACCAGGGACUAUACUUUGAAACAAGAUGAUAGCGGAUAUUGGAGAAAAUUGAUCAAGCUGAGUCAUUUUGUGUCUAGACUAGAUUUGGAAGUUGCUGUAGUGCACGUGCCUAAGCAUAAUUUUGUUCAGUGGCAAGCUGUCAAUAACCACUUACUCACUAGAGAUUUACUCCAUAGUUCUCAUGUGAAUAUUACUUCCUUAAGCUGCCCUGUUUGCUAUCAGAUGAAUGAAUCUGAUUUGCACCUCUUUUUUGAGUGCAUUUUCUCUGAGAAGAUCAGACAGGCUAUUGCUAACAGGUUGGGAGAUGCGAUUUGGCUUGGUAAUUCUAAUGAUUGGCAUGAUUUCUUGGCUGGUUGUAGGCGUGAUUGGCUGGGCCAGGUGGUUUCCGAUACUCUUGCAGUUGCUGUCUAUUUUAUCUAG